AUGGAUAGUGAAUUAAGUGACGUUAAUUCUGGUGAAAUGGAGGAAUAUGAUGAAUAUUCAGAAGGUGUUGAGGAAGAAGAAGAAGAGGUUUAUGAAGAGAAUGACGACGAUUAUUUAGAGGAUUCUGAAGUUUCUAAAGGUAAGACAAAACCAGUAAAAGCUUCCAAGGUUGCCAGUGGUGGUGAGGCCCAUCAUCGUACUAGUAAGAGGUUACAAGCCAAAGAAGAUAUAGAUUUCACCGAACAGCCAUCAGAUGUGGAGGAAGAAGAGGUUGAUGGGGAAGAUGAAGAGGAUGGGGAGGAGGAGGAUGAGGAAGAAGAGGCAGUUUCUUCUAGACAACAUCAUCAAAGAGCAGUGAUAGCGGUUGAGGAUGAUGAGGAUGAGAAAGAACUGGAAGGUGAGGAUGAAGUUGGUAUUGAUAUUGACGAAGAUGAAGAUGAUAUUGAUGAAUUAGUAGCAGAAGAGGAAGAAGAAGAAGAGGAGGAAGAGGAAGAGGAAGAAGAGAUGACACCUGCAGAAACUGAACCAGAAGGAAUUGAUGAUGAGAAUAAAGAAGUUAUUGCCAAGACGGUACGAAGAAGUGGUGGAAGCAAGAUGCUGAUGAACUUAUUAAGUGACGGUAGCUCUAGAAAGAAACUGACAGAAGAAGAAAUACAAUUGAAGAGAGCAGAAAAUGCAAGAAAGAGAAAGAAUUUAAGUGAAAGAAGGUCAGAAGAAGAGAAAAGAGAGACCAUCAAUAAACUUCUGAAAAGACGUGCUGGCAAAUCAAGAAGUCAUUUGCCUAAGGAUGAUGAUGGAGAUGAGAACUCAGAAGCCAGUUUUAUCAAGCCUAGAAGACCAUACAAAACUACAGGUAUGAUAAGGACAGUAUCCACCAAAGAUGGGAUUAUCUAUUGCACAUAUUAG